AUGGCUGUGGGAGGUGACGGGAGUGGCUGGGCGAUCUGUGGACCUGCCUUGCUACCUGCGACCAAGAACACCUGGCGACCGGCCCAAACUAGUGCUGUGGUACAAGGAAGCCCACAGCAGUCCUCUCGUCAGCCACGACACCCGAGAUGGCCUUCCACCUGGAGACUCCGCCCUGGACCUGAGCGUGGGCUUGGGGCGCGGGCGAGGCGAGGGGGCGCUGCGGGUUGGGCGAGGCAGUGCUACCCCUCACCUACCUACAACGUGACGCCUCAGCACGCGGGACUGUAUGAGUGUCGUGUGGACUUCUACACCUCCCCUGCCCACACCAACUACGUGAAUCUGACAGUUGUGGAGCUGCCCAAGAACGUGCGUCUCUUGGACAAGGAGGGUCUGUCCAUCGAGGAGGGAGUGCUGGGACCCUACUUCACGGGACAGACAGUCAGGGUGGAGUGCGUCGCUCUUGGGGGCCAGCCACGCCCCAAGCUCACCUGGUGGCGCAACAAUCACAUCCUGCGUAGCGGCGGGGAGGAGGAGGAAGGUCCGGGGCGGGUGAGUAUCCUGCCGGCGUCGCAGAAGUUGGAGGUCUCCGCUGAUUGGCUGGUGCGAAGCGAGUUGGUGAUAGAGAGCAUCAGCCGAGCGUGGCACAACCAUACACUGACCUGCACGGCUUCCAACACACCGCUCGCCUCGCCCGUGCCUGCCUCGGCCACCAUCAGCCUCUACCUGCUGCCUCGGAGGGUGGAGGUUCAGACUCCAGGCCACGCGAGGGAGGGCCAGCCGGCGCUUAUCCUGUGCACCACGGAGGGCUCCAGACCAAGACCCACUCUCACCCUGAGCCUCGGGGGACGCCGUCUCGCCCCAGACAAGGAGAGAGUGGAAGGCUUAGUGAGUGUGGCGACGGUGUCAGUCAACGUAACGCGAGCGGAUCACGGGGCGCUGGUUGCGUGCACGGCAGAGAACCCCGCGGUGCCAGGCUCCUCCCUCACCAACACCACCGUGCUGGACGUGGAGUAUCCUCCCUCGGUCACCGCCUCGCUGGGCCGCUCCCUCCAGCCACACCUGCUGAAGGAAGGCGAUGACGUGUACUUCACCUGCUCUGUGGACGCUAACCCUCCUGCCGCAGCCGUCACCUGGUACCACGAGGGGCGCGUGCAGGUGCAGAACAUGACCUCCGGCGUGAUCCUGACGGGGGAGUCCUUGGUGCUGCAGAAGGUGAGUCGUCGCCGCGCCGGGGAGUACCGCUGCCAGGCCACCAACUCCUUCGCCUCCGUCACCAGCAGCCCCGUCACUCUCAGGAUUCGAUAUCGGCCUCAGUGCCUGACCACGCCCACUACCUACUUCAUCUACGACAAGCCAAUCAACGUAACGUGCACCGUGACGUCACAUCCGCCAGCGAAGGCCGUACACUGGCAGUGGAACAGCAGCAACGACGUCAUCAAGACCCAGCUGGUGGAGGCGACGACGGAGCGAGUGUCGACCCAACUAUCCGUGGCGCCCAUUGAGACAUACGAGGACAGGCUGCUUUCCUGCUGGGCCGUGAACGAGAUGGGGCGGCAGCAGCGGGCCUGUGGCUUCUCCAUCAAAGUGGCGGAGAUGCCGCUGCCACUCUCCUCCUGCGGCCUGGCCAACAUCACCGCCUCCUCCCUCAGUCUCACCUGCCAGCGGCCGCCCCUCGCCGUGCCCGGGCUCCUCCACUGUCUACAGAGCCGAGGUUUACUUGGAGAACCGGACGCUGCUCGCCAACGUCACCUCCAUGAGUCCGAACUUCAACGUGAGUCACCUGGACGCCGGCACGAAUUACCAGAUCAAAGUGUACGUCACCCACGGCCCCGUCACCUCCCCGCCCGUAGUGGUCUCCGCCUACACCUCCAGAACCCCGCCAGAAACGUCAGGAGACAGUGAUGACCAGAACUUCGUGGAGAUGCGAGGAGACAGCGACGGCAGUGACGGCGGCAACGUGGAGCAGGGCGUGAUGAAGAAGGGCGCGGUGGAGAGCAGUAGCGGCAAUAGUGACGGCAAGAAGGACACCCGGGGCGGCAGGCGAGGGCGGC